AUGAUCACCCAGAAAGCAAAAUUCUUUACACCAGCUCAAAUCAAUGAAUUCAAAGAGUGCUUCUCGUUGUAUGACAAGAAACAAAAGGGAAGUAUUGAAGUCAAUGACCUGAUCACAGUUAUGCGCUGCCUUGGUACAAGCCCCACAAUUGGAGAAAUUGAAAGACAUCUUCAAGUUCACAAAAUUGAAAAGUCAGGGAGCUUAGACUUCUCUACAUUCCUGACCAUGAUGCACCGGCAAAUGCAACAGGAAGACCCAAAGACAGAAAUUCUUGAAGCCUUCAGGAUGACUGACAAACAGAAGAAAGGAUACAUUCAAGCCUCAGAGUUGAGAGCUAAGCUCACCAUGUUGGGAGAGAAACUUACUGCCAAAGAAGUGGACGAGCUGUUCCAGGAAGCAAGCAUCACCUCAAGUGGAAUUGUGAACUAUGAAGACUUCACUGAAAUGGUGACUUUACCACCUGUUGAUUACUAA